UCCGUAAUAAAAUGGCAAACAUGAAUACAGAUCCUAUAUUACAAGCUUGGUUAACCAAAGCACUAGACAUGGUUUCGAGCAGAAAGAGAUCUCGAUUGGUCGUCGAAAUAUGCGAUAAACACGACUACGUACCUAUGCUUAAGAGAAUAGAAUAUUCGGAGGCAACGGAAGAAUAUCUCGAAUUGGCAAAGAGAUUCGGGGCAGCGGUGAAGGACGUUCUGGCUGGUGCGGACGAUUCGUCGGUCGCCGGGGCCUACAGGCUCGAUCUCGAGACGCUGCGCGGAGAGGUGCACCGUCACAGAGAUUCCGGGGCGGAACAAUAUGAAUUCCCGAACGGAAAAACAUUCUCGUACAAAGAGGAACUGAUGUUACUGGAGAUACUGGCGACAGUUCCGCAAGCCUACUGCGUAUGCCAGAAAUGCACGUCGGAACGACUGCCGUAUGUGGCUUUAUAUGUGGCCCGGCAGAAAAAUAAAGUAUAUCCGCACGACUGGAACGAAUAUCAACAGGCGAGUAAAGAAUGGGUGGAAAAUUUCAUAACAAGUUACGAAGAUGAGUUCUUGCGCGCGUUCCCGUUCCCAUCCGAAUGCAAGUCGACGCAAGCCAUGCAAGGUAAUUCGAGCGAAGACAGCGAAGUGUAAAAAAAAAUACUGCUUAUCGUGAAUUCGCAAGGUUGAUGGAAGUUGCGAGCGUAACGCAAACCUAAUACCAUGAAGUUUCCGAGAACGAUUUGCUUGUGGGCUUGAAAACGAUUGUCGAACGAAAAGGGAUCAUUAAUCAUUGUUCUUAGAUUGACCAGCCUGAGGGUAGAAAGGAAGACAAUGUUAAAACUAGCAUUGUAACGUUUUAAAGAAAAAACUGCACUUUCUAUUGCAUAUUUAGACCUGAAUUCGAGACAUAUUGCUUACAAUAUUAAUACGCUUAAUAUUGAAAAUAAAGAUAAUGAAUAAUAGCGUUCAUGCACACGCGCGACGAAUUUAAAAAUUAUUUCAGCAAUCAUUCCAGUGUGUAAUACAUAUAUAUUUUAUAUGUAUAUCAUAUAGGACAUAAAGGAAUUAUAUCUAUGUUUGAUGAGACUAUAUUCUCAGACAGCAAGCGAAUGUCAUUUGUCGACAUUUUGAUGUCAAAAUGAUAACAUUUUGAUUUCAAAAACAUGACAACUUAUGCUUGCUAACUGGAAACUAGAGGAUUCGUUCGCUCUUCAAUAGAUGAAUCACUAUUUUCAUAUUAGAGAUAACUUUUUUUACAAACUAUUUUAACAAAUU